CGAUCAUGGGUUCUUCUUCUAGAAAUCUCUAUGCAGGAAUUGGAGAAGGUCAAUCAACUUCUAGGCCACCACUUUUUGAUGGCACCAACUACUCCUAUUGGAAAGAACGGAUGAGAAUCUAUAUCCGUUCCACCAACUUCCAAUUAUGGUUGGUCAUCAAAAACGGAGAGCAAAUCCCUAUGAAGAAAGUCGGAGAAACCACGGUCCCAAAAACCGAGGACGAGUUUGAUGCUGAGGACAUCAAGAAGACUUACGCCAACAAGGAUCUCGUGAGAAAAAUCCUGCGGAGUCUCACACCCGAAUGGAGAUCAAAGGCUGACGCAAUCUACGAGUCCAUCGGAGUCUCCAAUGUCACCAUCGACGGGCUAAGAGGUAACCUCAAAACUUAUGAAUCUACUAUCCUAACCCCGUCUUUGGAUGAACAAAAGAAGAAAGGAAUAGCGCUCAAAGCAACCAAGGAGACUGUGGAAGAAGUCUCAAGUGAUGACGACAACGAGUUCGGACUCGUCAUCAAGAAAUUCCACAAAUUCAUGAAGAUGGAAUUUAAACGGAAAGGAAGAAAGCACGACAGUCCCCCGAAGUGCUAUGGCUGUGGCGAGAUAGGCCACAUCAAGCCAAGGUGUCCAAAAGGCAAACGCGGCAAGGACAAACCUGGCUUCAAAAAGCAACGAGCCUAUAUCUCAUGGGGUGGUGACUCCGGCGACGAGUCAACUGAUCAAGAAGAGGAGGAAGCCGCCAACCUCUGCCUCAUGGCACACGAAGAUCAAACCGACGACGUUCAAGAGGCCUAUAGAGUGUUUAAUAAACGUACUUUGACUAUUGAGGAGUCCCCUCACAUUGUAUUUUCCGAAGAUAAUACUCGCUUGGCGAGAAAGGCUAUUUGUGAUGAUCUUGCAGAUUCACUCGAAAGAUUACACGUUAAAGACGAUGAAGAAGACAUGCCAUUAUACACCAAUCCUCCACCACAACCUGAGGAAACACCUCAAGUGAUGGUCGAAAAUGAGGACCAAGCGGACGAAGAAGAACAAGAGGAAGCCCAGGAACAAGAGGAAACCGAGCUUCCCAUCGCUUGGAGAAUGCACAGGAACCAUCCACUUGACCAGGUAAUCGGCAGCAUCAACCGCGGGCUUCAUCAAGCCGGCCUUUGGCCGUUCGUCUCCCGAGCGCGAAAGGAGAUCAACCCAGCGCUGAUCCGGGCCUUCUACUCCAACCUCCAGCGUGAGGACGACGUGCUCUACUCGCUCGUCAAGAGCACGCCGAUCGAGCUCACCGUGGAGCAGCUUGGGCGCAUCGCCGGCCUCCCCUUCCAAGGCGAAGACAUCUCCCACUAUGGCGGAGAAGACUGGAUGCUCAACAACGAGGGCAAUAUCCUCAACGAGCUUGGCAUCACCGAGCUCAUCCACCAUGCCUCGGGCCGCCCCACCAUCCACUCCGCUAACCCCGAAGGUCGUCUCGUUCUCUACAUCGUGUCUUGGAUCAUCAAACCCCGGAAGCACGGCCACACAAUCAUGUCCAGUGAGGACCUCAAGCUCAUCCACGCGAUCAUGCACUCGGCCCCAAUCAAUUGGGCGAAAUUUGUCAUGAUCAACAUGACGAUCGCCACCUCCACCGAGCACGACCAUCUCCUCCCGUACCUGUUUUUGGUGAUGGACAUCCUUGAAUGGUUCAAGGUAACCACCACAGUUGGCCCGCUCACAAAGGCCACGAAGCUUUGGACGAUCAGCAACCAAACCUUCACCGAGCGGUCGGACAACGCCGCAACUGCCACUGCCGAGCCACGCCGCGAUGCCCCUGCCGCUGGCCCAGCCGAACCCCAGGCCCGGGCCAACCUCGCCUCCAUUGCCGACUCCCUCAACCGGCUUCACCUGAAAGUCAACGGGAUGGAAGGCUACCUUGAACGGCUCGACGUGGCUGUUCAACGCCAAGGGUACGCCAUGAACGUGUACUUCCAGGGCAUCAACUACGUCCCUCCACCACUUCACGGCACCUUCCUCGGGGAAGUGUACGGCGAUGAGGACGAAGAGGAUGGCUCCGUCUCCGAGUCAAGCUCCCCGGACGAAGAUCAGUUCGACGAUGCCAUUGAUGUUGUGAUAAAGAAUGACCCAAGAUUGGCAUCAGGUCGGCUGCUUGCCUUGCCAUUGGUGUAAUUCCUUGCUUCCCACAAAUAUUUUACAGGUCCGUAUAACAGCUUCCUGGGCU